AUGGAUGAAUUGGCUCUAGAAAUGAAGGGUGCACUUCAAACACUUGUUACACAAAAUGCCUCAAACCUAAGUGCYUGUAUGGAACGGUUGAACACUCUUGACCUUGAUAAAAGGGAUCCUCUUUAUAGAGCARCCGUUGACAUUUUUGGGCAGUCAACGUUUAUCAUGGACAAUCAUAUCAAAACUAUAAUUCUCAUCGUCGUAUUUUUAUACAUGUUCUACUUGCGACAAAGGCGUUUAAAAAGGAAAAGAGAUAAUAUGUCUGCAAUGACUGGAGCUCAAUUUACGAAUGAGCUCGUUGAAGGUAGUGAUCGGCAAUGUAUUGACUUAUUGCGAAUGUCACGUGAAGCUUUCAUUCGAUUAUGUGAUUACUUUAAAGCAAAAGUGUUGGAUAAAAUGAUGGAGUUUGCAAAAGAGAUCAUAGUUCCUACAUCAUUCAAUCCUAAUCCAGACAUCCCUGAGAAUAAUAGAAGGUUACGACGAAUAUUUAAGGGAGCAAUUGGAGCCUUGGAUGKAACUUUAAUACAUGCUAUCGUCCCUAUUCAAGAGCAACAUUUAUAUAGAGGACGAGGAAAGGGUGAAUGUUAUCAAAAUGUCUUAGCAAUUUGUGAUUUCAACAUGGUUUUCACAUUUGUUGUUGCCGGAUGGGAAGGAAUUGCGCAUGAUUCUAGAAUUUUGUYUGAAGCUUUAACAGAUGGUGAUAUUGRAUUUCCAUUUCCUCCUUYAGAUAAAUAUUACCUAUGUGAUGCUGCGUAUACAAAUACUCGAGGAUWUAUGGCGCCGUAUCGUAAUGUUAGAUAUUGGCUCGGAGACUUUCGUCGUCGACGAGCAAUGAACAAGUAUGAAAAGUUUAAUCAUUCUCAUGCAAAACUUAGAAAUGUUAUUGAACGCUCUUAUGGCGUCCUGAAAGCACGUUUUCCAAUAUUGAAAAGAAUGGCAUCAUUUACACUUGAGGUUCAAAGAGACGUUGUUAUUGCAUGUUUUGCGGUUCAUAACUUCAUACGGAAGGAAGGUUUAAGUGAUGAGCUAUUUUCUGAGUAUGAUCAAAUCAGCGAACAAGAGAACGAUGGCGCAGAUGAGGCUGAAGAGAUUCAAUCGCAUGAGAGUGUCGCUGACCAAACAUAUAUGGCUAGUUUAAUAGAAGAAAUUGCGACACAAUUACAAAAUGAAUAUUGA